CAAAGGCAACCUGUUGCUCAACACGGGACAGUGUAUCGAAAUUUUCUUCCCUUUUUGUGCCUUUUUUCUCGAGGUCAUUCCCAACGUAAAUAUCAACCAUGUGUGUUGCAAAAGAGAAUCCAAGUGAAAGUGCGUGGAGAGAUAUGUUCAAGAAGCCACUGAGGCCAAAGCUUCCACGACAUAUUGUCAAAUCGGCUAAAGUGAAUCUCAACCGAUAUUGGCACAAGUUUGAAGAGAUGCUAACAGUGGAAAAUAUCCAUCAGCAACGUGAUGCAAAAGAACAUUUAAAUAACAAACAACGAAGCACCCUCAAGGAUGGUUUUUCAGCACUAGAACUCACCCAUCUUAUGGCAAAAACCUUCACAAUUGAGAAGAAUCUCAAUAGAUCGGGACGCUAUCGAACAUAUCGCGAUGACUCCCUCUACCAUGGGGUUAAUCUCAACAACAAUGAAGCUGCAGAGGAGGAAGAAAAUCAACAGAAUGAAUUUUUGGAGCUCCUCCAGCAUCCCAUCUACAGCAUCAAUUUUAAUUUCAACUAAUUUAGGUAUAUUUUUCAUUAUUUCUUUAUGAUCUCUUUUAGAAUAAUUUGUUUUAAAAAUCUUUUGAUUAAUAUUUUUAUUUUUAAAAGGAAGAAAGAAUCCUUAAAAAUAGGACAAUCUCAUAAGCCCUCAAUUUUCAUGUAAAUUCUAAUUAUUAGAUUUUAAGAUAAACCCACAGAUUGUCCUGAUUUGGUAGAAUUGCUUUAACUAUAUUCCCUCAAAUUUUAAUUAGCAUAUUUUUCUUUUAAUAAUUUUAAAUCUUAGAAUUAGUUAAUUGGCACAAAUUCGCGAUGAUAUUUAAUAUUCUUUAAUGACAAUUUUUUAAGGCAGUUCUCACGGAGCUACUAUGAAGCAAAUGCAAUAAUAGAACAUAGUUGAUUCUGAAUUUUUAUUCGAUUUUCUUCGUAUUUUUAUAAAUUCUCUAAUCAUCUUUUAUUAAAUCUUUGAAUUGUAUAAGAGAAUCAAUUAAUUGAUAAAAGAUUGCUUAAGUCGAUAAUUUUUUAAUCGAAAAAUUAUUUUAGAUAAUAAAUUAAUUGAUAGGUCGAAGUUUUUCAACGUUUGAUAUUACAGUAAUCAAUCGAUAAAUAAUAAUAAUAAUUUAAUAAAUUUAUCAAUUAAUCUAUAUUGAUGAAAUCGGGUUUAAAAGUUCAGCAAAUCAGUCUUUAAAUUAAGUUAAAAUCGAUAAAUUUUAAAAUUUCAAACUAAAUUCACUGAAGAAGACUCCAAAUGGAGCCGAAAGCUCUGGAAAACGUGAGUUUUUCUGAGUGAGAAACCCUUUUUAACCGACGAAAAACCCGAAAAAUUAUUAUUGUCUGUCGGAAAAUCACUUCUUUUCUUCUAAAUUCAUAAAGUGGUUUAGUUUUCGAUUUUGGUUUAACAAAUUCAAUUAAAUCAAUUUAAGAAUUGAUUCAUAAUAAUCGUUCUGUAAUAAACAUAAAAAAAUUUAAUUUUAAUUCAAUUAUUAUUGAUUAAAUUAAUUGAUUUUAAUGCAAUUUAAUCAAAUAAAAUAAUACAAAUAAUAGUGAAAUGAAUUACAAAAUUCUUUAUGAGUACUCCCUUAAAUUAAAAACUUUAGAAUUUAAUCAAAUGAAUUAUUUUAGAAUUAUAUUCUCUCGGGGAAACUUCCUUUAUCGAAGCUUUAAUUAUUUCUGAAAUAUAUAUUUUUUAAUUCUUAAUCUAUCGCGUCAAACAAGUUUAAUCAAAAUUUUCUCAGCUUUUUAUAUCUUUUUGUAUAAACUGUUCUCGAGACUUUUAAACUAAAUUUUUUCAAGCUUUGUUUGACGCGUGGGUUGUGCAAUGUUUUCUUUUUAAACGAAUAAUGAGAUGGGGCUAGUUUAAUCCUGAAUUAACUAUAAAGCCUCGCUCUCUUCGAAGCUUUAAAUGUGAGCUUUCUUAUUAUUUUUUGUUCAUUUUUAGCUUGUUUACAUGGUAUACGAUAUCGGGGACAUGUGCAAUUUUAUUUUUAAAUAUUUUUUAUACUUUGUUUUGUAUAGAUAGCGAAUUUGUUCAGAAUUUUAAUUCUUCAGUAAAAAUAGUACACAGAGAAAAAAUCUUCCCGUAAAUUGAUUUAAUGAAACUUUAUUUCUCCACUCGUUAGUAGAGGCGCUAGAAUCGAGAGAAAUUUGGCAUUUGCUUUUCAAAGGGAAAAGAAAAUGUCUUAAUUGAUUUAGGAACAUUUUCUUUUCAUAUUUUCCAUUGAUUUUUAAGGAUUUUUAUUCGUAUUUAAUCGUUUUGUUUAAUUUUUUAUGCUCCUUUUACGUCUUUUUUUUACCUCUUCUGUUUUUUUUUUGAACUUUUUGACAGGUUUUGUAAAUCUUUAGUAUUUUUUUUAUUAAUUCUUUUGCGUUAUUUUAAAAUUUCUUGAGUAUUAAUUUCAAAUCUUUCACACUAAUUUUUCUCUGUGACUCAACGAAAUUUCAAAAGGAAUUGAAUUAAAAUUCCCAAUAAAAGGUUGUCUUAUAAUUAACUUGGUUUGACUUUCCAUUCAUUUCAAGCUCUUUGGUUAAAUAUUGGACAAUCCAUUAUGCUUUAAUCAUAAAACAAAUUCGUUAUUUGAAAAUUUUACAUUUUUAUUUUUUUUUCUGAAUAAUUAUUUCUUUUAUAAUUUUUUCAAAGUGCAAAUAUUAAAUUUUAAUUUCGCAUAAUGUACAAUUUGAAGAGUUUUUUAAACUGUGAUAGCUUUUAAAGAGCUUUAUUGCUUGUAAAUUAUCUUUUGUCCAUUAAACCCUCAAUUGAGAUUAAAAAGCUCCUCGCUGGGGGGAGGGACAAAAAUAGGCCGAUUUAGUGUCAAUGCUUGUAGAUUUUUAAGAUAACAAUCAUUUACUUCUAAGGCUUUCAUGUGAUAUUAGUUUGAUAAGGAAAUUAAUAAUCAUUGUCUUCCAUUUUAGAGCUUAAUCAAUAUUAGUUUUUUUAGUUUUAAGUUAAUCGGGACGAAGCUUUAAUGAUUUUCAUUGUGAUAUAAAAUCUUAUUUGGUUGCUUAAAAUUCACUUUAUUUUAAAAAAUUCUUUUAUUAAAUAAUUCUUUUUCGGCUUUUUUCGUGGUAAAUGAGUGAGGAAAAGCAACUAAAUUUGAGCUCUUCAAUCAAUUGUCAAUACUUUUUGUUGAUGGUUUUUUUUUUCUUAAAUAUAAAAUCUCUGCCUCUGGGACAGAGAGAAAGAAAAUAAGAAGGAAGUAAUUCCCCAAUGAGAUGACAUCGCCCUCCAUUUGUUAAAGUUUCAUCGUGAAAAGUGCCAAUUUAUCUACCUGUAUACAAUUCUCAUGCGAUCGCACGUAAUUUAAGGCCCCAAGAAAGCUGCUAGAAAAGCAACUUCAUUAGCAUAUGAGACAUUAGAUGUUAAUUUAGUAUGUAAAAUUCAUCACAAAUUGUUUCAAAUGAUCUCCACAAAUUUAGCUGUAAGAUUUAUAUCUUAAGAUUUGUUUAAGAUUUUUUUCUUUGUGUGUGAUUUUGUGUUUGUCAGUAAAAAAAAUUGAAGAAAUAAACAGAAGAAAUAUUUCUCCUGAAAA